AUGAAUACAAUCGACUCUUGUAUUCAAAGAUUAAUUAAAGUGGGUCAGACUAAACAUAUUGGAAAAUCCUUAUGUUUAAGUCAAGAAGAAGUCAUUGCUAUUUGUCGAUAUUCUUGUCAACUAUUUUUAAAUCAGCCUGUUUUAUUAGAAUUAGAUCCUGAUUUAAAAGUCGUAGGAGAUAUUCAUGGGCAAUAUCAUGAUUUAAUACGUUUAUUUUAUCAAAGCGGAUUUCCGCCUAGCUCAAAUUAUUUAUUUUUAGGCGACUAUGUGGAUCGUGGUAUGUAUAGUCUAGAAACUAUCUUGUUAUUACUUUGUUUCAAGAUCAAAUAUCCUAUCAACUUUUUCCUUCUUCGAGGAAACCAUGAAAGUGCUGAUGUUACACGAGUAUACGGAUUCUAUGAUGAAUGUAAAAGAAGAAUGAAUAAUAUCAAGAUUUGGAGACAUUUUAUUGAUGUCUUUAAUACGAUGCCAAUAGCAGCUACUAUAGGACAAAGGAUAUUUUGCGUACAUGGUGGAUUAUCACCUUCAUUAAGAUCAAUGGAACAAAUCAAGUCAAUCCAACGACCUGUAGAGAUACCAGAAUAUGGAUUAUUAAAUGAUUUGCUUUGGUCAGAUCCAAGUGAUGCUUCACCUGAUUGGAGCGAGAAUGAUAGAGGCGUAUCUGUUUGUUUUGGCAGAAAGAAUAUAGAUGAUUUUUUACAUCGAUUUGAUUUAGACCUAAUAUGUCGAGCUCAUAUGGUUGUUGAAGAUGGUUAUGAAUUCUUUAAUCAAAGGAAACUAGUUACAGUAUUUAGUGCACCCAAUUAUUGUGGUGAAUUUGACAAUUAUGGUGCUGUAUUGACAAUAUCAAAUACAUUAUUAUGUAGCUUUCAACUUAUACCACCUGAAGAUAAGAUUGAAAAGCAAGAAAAGAAGGAAAAAGAAAGGUAA